CAACACUAUAAAUAGCCACCUCCAUAUUCUUCCCUUCCUAUCAAAUCCCACAAUCACCUCCUAAUACUCUCUCAUCAAAACUAAUCUGGGUUGCUUCUUUCAAAACUUUGUAGUGAAAAUGGUUGCCAUGUCCAAGAUUGCUACUGGGAAUGGCCACGGUGAAAACUCUCCUUACUUUGAUGGAUGGAAGGCUUACGAGACCAAUCCUUUUCAUCCCACUGAAAGACCUGAGGGAGUCAUUCAGAUGGGUCUAGCUGAGAAUCAGCUGUGCUUUAAUUUAAUCAAAAACUGGCUCAUCAAACACCCAGAAGCCUCCCUCUGCACUCCACAAGGUGUAAACAAGUUCAAGGAGACUGCACUUUUCCAGGAUUAUCAUGGGAUGCCUGAGUUCCGACAAGCGGUUGCAAAAUUUAUGGGGAAAGUGAGGGGAGAUAGAGUAAAAUUUGAUCCAGAUCGCAUUGUUAUGAGCGGUGGAGCCACCGGAGCUCAUGAGAUGGUUGCCUUUUGCUUGGCAGAUCCUGGUGAAGCAUUUCUCGUCCCCACUCCUUAUUAUCCAGGGUUUGAUCGUGACUUGAAGUGGAGAACCGGGGUUGAACUUGUACCAGUCAACUGUGAGAGCUGCAAUAAUUUCAAGAUCACCAGGAACGCCUUGGAAGCUGCGUAUGUAAAAGUUCAAGAAGCUAACCUCAGAGUGAAGGGCUUGCUCAUAACCAAUCCAUCGAACCCAUUGGGUACUGUCUUGGAUCGAGACACAUUGAAGAGCAUGGUUAGGUUCAUAAACGACAAGAACAUACACCUGAUUGGUGAUGAGAUAUAUGCUUCCACUGUUUUCAUGGAGCCUGAGUUCGUUAGUAUUUCUGAGAUUAUAGAGGAAGAGGAUGUGGAAUGUAAUCGUGAUCUCAUACACAUUGUGUACAGUCUUUCCAAGGACAUGGGGUUCCCUGGUUUCAGGGUUGGCAUUGUAUACUCAUACAAUGAUUCAGUCGUUAGCUGUGCCCGCAAAAUGUCCAGCUUUGGAUUGGUGUCAUCGCAAACUCAGCACUUGAUUGCAUCUAUGCUAUCUGAUGAUGAGUUUGUUGAUAACUUCAUUAUAGAAAGCAAAGAGCUGUUAUUCAAUAGGCACAAGUAUUUCACUUGGAGUCUUUCUCAAGUCGGUAUUGGUUGUUUGAAGGGCAACGCUGGGCUGUUUAUAUGGAUGGAUCUGCGUAAGCUCCUCAAAGAGGAAACAUUUGCAGCCGAGAUGGAGCUGUGGCGGGUAAUAACCAAUGAAGUUAAGCUCAAUGUUUCGCCAGGUUCUUCUUUCCAUUGCCAGGAGCCUGGUUGGUUCAGGGUUUGCUUUGCUAACAUGGAUGACUACACCAUGAAAGUUGCUUUGUUGAGGAUCAGAACCUUUAUGCUCAAGAACAACGAGGCCAUGGUUCCUCUAAAACUAUGCAGGCCUAGCAGCCUUAAACUCAGCUUAUCACGAAGCUUAUCUCGAAGAAUGGAUGAUUUUAUGUCACCAGGCAUCAUGUCUCCCCACUCUCCCUUGCCUCAAUCACCCCUCGUUCGAGCAAGGACUUAACAAAGUUCAACAGCCUCAUAAACUUCACCAUUAUGCAUUACUCUUUGCAUGCUACAAACUUUAAUUAGUAUUAUAAUUAAACUGUAAACCAGAGAAUCUGCUGCAUUGUUUCCCAUGACAUAAUAACCUGAACACGAUCCUUUUGGUGGAAAGCUGUCCAUCGUAAGGGUACUCCAUGGAUUCAUGCACCAUUCUUCUGUAUCUUCAACACAUGUAUUUUUUUGUCUUCCCUCACAAGCAAAAAUGGACUAUUUGUGAGGAAAGUUCAAUACUGCGGAGUAGUGAGUACUUGUCGUGCAGAUGUAUACAAUUAUAUAUGUAAUGGUGAAGCCCUUCUAUGUGAAAAAUAAAGGACUGUUACUUGAA